AUGGCGACUGUAUUCGAAGUCAUUGUGAAGGCUCUGUUCGUGAUUUGCGUUUGUCUUUCUGCCGAUGUCACAGACAAAAAUCAGAUGGAUGGAAAAAUGCUGCCCUCAUGUCCACGUUACGUAAUAUCUAGUGCACUCGGUUACAAUAAAUCUGUUUAUCUAUCUAUGUGCUCAUAUCUAUCUAUCUAUCUAUCUAUCUAUCUAUCUAUGUGUGUGUUUAUAUCUAUCUGUGUGUUUAUAUCUAUCUACCUAUCUAUUUUUCUAUCUAUGUGUUCAUACCUCUCUACUUACCUACCUACCUACCUACCUACCGAGCUAUCUAGCCAUGUAUUCAUAUCUAUCUACCUACCAAAUUAUCUACCUACCUACCUACCUAUCUAUCUAUCUGUAUCUAUGUAUUCAUAUCUAUCUAUCUAUCUAUCUAUCUAUCUAUCUAUUUCGCUCGGUGUUUAUAUGUAUCUAUCAACCUACCUUCCUACCUACAUAUCUAUCUUUCGUUCAUAUCGAUCUAUCUGUUUAUCUUCAGAACACAUGUCUUAA